AUGGACGGGCUCCGAAUCAAAAUGUCCGGCCUCACGCCCUACGUCAGGAAACACAAAGUCACAGUUAUAGGUUCGGGCAACUGGGGCUCAACUAUAUCCAAAGUUGUUGCCGAAAACACGGCGGAACACCCUGAGCUGUUCGAGCGAGAUGUGCAGAUGUGGGUGUAUGAAGAGGAGGUUCAGCUGGACCAAAAAUCGAAACAUUAUAAUGAAUCCUCAGAGCUGAGUCACAGGCCACAGAAGCUCACCAGGCUCAUCAAUACCUUUCAUGAGAACGUCAAGUACCUCCCUGGAAUAACCCUUCCCCAUAACGUCAUCGCCAAUCCUUCUCUCACGGACGCCGUGAAGGAUUCCUCGAUUCUCAUCUUCAAUAUGCCCCACCAGUUUAUUCUGAACAUCUGCAAACAACUUCGAGGUCAUAUUCUCCCUUUCGCUCGAGGCAUCUCUUGUAUCAAAGGUGUCAACGUUCGCGAAUCUUCCAUUAGCCUAUUUUCCGAAACAAUAGGGUCAGAGUUAGGCAUAUACUGUGGUGCCUUGUCCGGUGCAAACAUUGCCAGUGAGAUUGCGCAAGAGAAGUUCUCCGAGACCACAAUCGCUUAUGACCCUCCCCCAAUGGAUUCACAAGCUCCCACACCAUCUACAUCUCAAGGCCCCAGUCCGGCUUCUAGUCACGUAGACUUGACCAAGCUAGUUCAUAAGGAUGUAUCGGGCAACCCGUCCAAAGUCAAACUUCGACCUCUUCCUCCCGAGUAUCAUGCAAUUGAUCAUGACACGAUCAAGAAGUUGUUCCAUCGACGAUACUUCCAUGUUCGUGUUGUCUCCGACGUCGCUGGAGUGUCUCUGGGAGGGGCUCUUAAAAACAUCGUGGCUGUUGCUGCCGGUUGGGUCGACGGUCUUGGUUGGGGUGACAAUGCCAAAGCCGCCGUUAUGCGAGUGGGCCUUCUCGAGAUGAGAGAGUUUGGCAACCGGUUCUUCCCCAACACCAUACAGCCAGAUACUUUCACUGUUGAGUCAGCCGGUGUGGCUGAUUUGAUCACCACGUGCUCGGGAGGCCGAAACCAUCGAUGCGCCAAAAUGAGUAUUCAAGAAGGAAAAUCCAUCGAAGAAAUCGAAGCAAGAGAGCUUAAUGGACAGAAGCUACAAGGAGCUCUUACCGCUGUGGAAGUCAACACGUUCCUCAAGAGUCAAGCGCUGGAGAAGGACUUCCCUCUCUUCACUGCCGUCUACAACAUCUUACAGGGCAAGGACAAAGUGGAACACCUACCGGAUCUGAUCGAACCGGAAGACGAGUAA